AUGUUAAAACAGUUGAGCAGAUCGUUGGGAAUACGAUCAAGCCCCAUAGUGGCAAAUUUAAUUAGAUCCAAACAAGUUUGUACACGUGGAUUUCAUAUUUCCCUUGUUAAACAAAAUACUAGUUCUAAGGUAAAUGAAAUAACUGACAUCACGAGUGAUAGUCUUAAAGUAAAGGAAGAUGCUGCCGGAUCUGAUCUUCCAUCAACCAAAACAGAUAAAAAAUCAAAACUGGAAUCAUUCCAACCUGUUAAAUUUGAAGACUUUAAAGGAAAGGGAUAUAUUCAUGAUAGUAUAAUCAACUCAUUACAUAAAAAUGAUUUUAAAGAAUUGACGCCAAUCCAACAAAAAUCUUUAGUGCCUAUUUUCAACACCGAAAAGGGUUUGGUGUGUAGAGCAAAGACAGGUACAGGUAAAACUUUAGCAUUUGCUGUGCCAACAUUACAGUAUGCCUAUAAAAAUAGAGGUAAAGGUGUCAGCACCGUCGUUUUGGUUCCAACACGUGACUUGGCUUUUCAAAUUGAAGAGGAAUACAGAAAGCUUAUCUCCCAUUUGAAAUAUAAUGAAAGACCUAAUCUUGAAUUGAUUAUAGGAGGUCAGAGGACAUCGUUUAACCCUAGACGUCCAGCAGAAAUCGUUAUUGCUACACCUGGUCGUUUGGAAAAAGAAUUACAAACGGAUCGUAAACUUGCCAAGUGUUUUAGCAAUGUAACAUACCGUAUUUAUGAUGAAGCUGAUAGAUUGUUAGAUGUUGGUUUUGAGAGUGUCUUGAAUGAGAUUGAUGGCCUUCUUUAUAAAGUAAGAACUACCCCUAAACCAAUCAAAUCAUUAUUGUUUAGUGCAACUGUUGAUGAAGCUAUUUCUGAGUUUUCCAAAAAACAUAUUCAUCCAGAAUAUGAGUUCUUAAACACUGUUACCAAAGAUGAUUUAGAGAUCCCGGAGAAUAUCCAUCAACAGUUGAUUGAGUGUACUGAUGGUAUUGAUAAAGUCAAUGUCUCUCUUCUGGAAUUACAUGGUAUUAUGAAGCAACACAAUGAUUAUAAAGUGAUUGUAUUUUUACCCACCAAGACUGCUGUUGAUUGGUUUUAUGAAUAUAUCACAAAUGCAUUAGAUGAUGAAUUAUUUGAAUUAUUUUCAAAGCCACCAAGAGUUUUCAUGUUACAUGGUGGAAGAAGUGUUCGUCAACGUUCUGCUGCCUUGAAAGGAUUUAAGGUGGCAAAAAAAGGGAUUUUAAUCUCCACUGAUGUUGCUGCCAGAGGUAUUGACGUUAAAGAUGUAACCAAUGUUAUGCAAAUGUUCCCUUCUGUGGAAAUUGCUGACUAUAUUCAUAAAGUUGGAAGAACAGGAAGAGCAGGAAAGAAAGGAAAGGCAUCAUUGUUUGCCACUCCCGCUGAAUUACCAUAUGUUCUGUUAUUGAAAAGAAAGAGAAAAGUUAAGUUUCAAGAGGUUAUCCAAUCUGAGAAGUUAAACAGUUCAAACAUUAUCGAUCAAAUUGAAUCUCCUUUGGAUUCAACAAAGGAAUUUUUAGCCACAAUGGUUGGUUAUUUACAACAGUUGCAAAGUGCUCAUCGUCUUGAUUAUGAUCUGUUAGUGAUUGAGAAUAUGGAACUAUACCGUAAGCUCGUUAGAGAUGAUAAAGCUAUGUUGGAAAGCAGAAUUUUGAGUAGGAUUGGAAAAGGCAUCAGUGCUCAUGUCAAACGUAGAUAUUUUACAAGAACAAGGUAUCAAAGUCAUGAUGAUGCUGAAUUUGAUUCUUAUUCUGAUUUCUCAAGAUCUGGUAUGUCACAAAGACCUAGAAGCAAUGAUAGAAGUAGUAAAAUGACAUUUAACGGGAGAGGCAAAUAUGGAAACAAUAGAAAUAACGAUUGGUCUUAUCAAAAUAAGAACAGGUAUAAUAAUAAUAAUAAUAGGCAAACCGAAAGAUCAUACGACAGUGAUAGGAAAUCCCAUAAUGACUGGAAAUAUGAAAAAAAGUUUGAGCAUAGAAGAAUUCGUGAUCAUGAUGAAUAA